CAGGAGGCAGCGAUGCAGGGAGUCCUGACGCACCCGAGUCACUUUGUACUGUGGCUGCUUUUUGCGCUAACCUCUGCGGAUUUGCCCAUGUGCAAAGAGUCAGAUUACCACUUUGAGUACACAGAAUGUGACGUACUUGGGUCACGGUGGAGAGUGGCGGUUCCCAACAAAGCCGACAUAUGCACAGGUCUGCCAGAUCCAGUCAAAGGCACUCAGUGCACCUUCUCCUGUAGUGAUGGGGAGUUCCUUGACAUGCAGUUGCAGGAGUGCCAGAAGUGUGCUGCAGGCACCUACUCUCUGGGCACUGGUGUGGCCUUUGAUGAGUGGGACAGCCUGCCAACAGGGUUUGUCACCCAUGGAGAGACAGUGAAUUAUGGGGAUGUCCACACAGACUGCUCCAAUUCAACCUGGACACCACAGGGUGACUACAUAGCCUCAAAUACAGAUGAGUGCACUGCAGUGCUGUCCUAUGCUGUGAGCCUGAAGAAAGCUGGAUCUGUGUCCUUUGAAUAUUUCUACCCUGACAACAGCAUCUACUUUGAGUUCUUUGUUCAAAAUGACAAGUGUCAGUCUACAGACUCUGAAAACCGAUGGAUGAAGAUCUCUGACAGCAACUGGAGCAAAUACACGGCUGAGCUGAACAACGGCAACAAUGUGCUGUUCUGGAGAACAACUACAUAUUCUCUGCAGGGCACUGUUGUCAAACCUGUGCUGCUAAGAAACAUCGCUAUCUUAGGGGUGGCCUACACGUCAGAGUGUUUCUACUGUAAACCUGGCACUUACAGUGCAAAACCCGGCUCUGCCCACUGUGCCCCCUGCCCUGCAGAUACCUACUCCACAAAGGGUGCCACUGUUUGCCAUCAGUGUGAACCAGAUAAAUAUGCAGAGGCUGGUUCAGGGAGCUGCAAACCGAGACCUGCAUGUACAAACAGUGACUACUUCUACACCCACACUCCCUGUGACUCCGAGGGAAAGACCCAGGUGAUGUACAAGUGGAUUGAACCUAAGAUCUGCAAUGAGACCAUUGAUGGCGCUGCCACGCUUCCUGCAUCAGGGGAGAGGCAAACUUGCCCACCAUGUAACCCAGGUUUCUUUGUCACAAACUCUUCAAACUGUGAACCCUGUGCCGACGGUUUCUUUUCAAAUGGAACAGCCUGUGCCGAGUGCCCUGUUGGCACUGAGCCGGUGGUGGGCUUCGAGUACAAAUGGUGGAACACGAUGCCGAGCAACAUGAAGAGCUCCAUGUACAAACAAGAGUUUAGUCGCUCCGACUAUGGCAUAGCAUGGGAGGUGGCUGGAGAGUAUGUUUACACAACCCCCGGGGAUCAGGACACAGACUACCUGAUGCUCACGCUCCAUGUCCCAGGAUACAGGUUGCCUCAGUCCGUGGCCAAAGAUAGCGAAAGGAAAGAACUGUCUCGCAUCACCUUUGUUUUUGAAACCGUGUGUUCAGCUGACUGCAGUUUUUACUUCCUGGCAGGUUACAAUCAGUUGAAUAAUGAGCUGGUGGAGCAGUGGAAAGGCAGCAGCAGGAAGCAGUCGUACUCCUACCUGAUCCAGAGCAACAGCACCGUCAGCUUCACCUGGACAUUUCAACGAGCAGAGUUUAGAACGGAGAGGAAGUACAGUGCUGAUGUUGCGAAGAUCUACUCCAUCCACAUCACCAACGUGGUUGGAGGUGUGGCCUCACAUUGUCAACGGUGUGCCCUGAGCUCCUCCGAACCUGGUUCCGACUGUGUUCCCUGCCCACCUGGACACUACAUGGUCAAUGGAACAGGAGUGUGUAGGAGCUGCCCGCCAAAUACCUUCAUCAGGGCCGGGCAGCCUGUUGGAGAGGCCGCUUGUGUUGAGUGUGGACCAAACACAAAGACAAACCAAGCACACUCAGCCUGUCUCAGUGACUGUAAGUUGGACUUGUGGACAAGAGAAGGAGCUCAGCUGCAAUAUGACUUCUCUCCUCUGGCCAAUGUCACCGGCUUCUACAGCAGCCCCCGCUUCACAAGCAAAGGCCUGAGAUAUUUUCUUCGCUUUAAUGUGGGUCUGUGUGGGAAAGAGGGCAGAGUGCCAGCUACCUGUGUGGGAAAUGUAACAGAAAGUGGGAGAGAGGUCAAAGGUUAUGUCUGUCAGUCCACCGUGGUUCCCUCUGAGAUCAGGAGUCAGAGCGUGGUGUCUUCACAACCUUUCCUUAUCGGUGACUCACUCAUCGGUGUGACCACUGUCACGAUCCUGAACGGCAUCUCUUCUCCAGAAUGGUUGUUUCCUCACUCAUCUGUGGCCGCCCUGUCUGAUGUCAUAUUCUAUUAUAAGUCCAGUGAGACGACUCAGGCUUGUAAACAAGGCAGGUCAGCUACCAUCAGACUGAGAUGUAAUCCCACCGUGACUGCCAAAGACCAGUUCACUCUCCCAAGUAACUGCUCAGAGGGGACGUGUGAUGGUUGCACUUUCCACUUUCUGUGGCAGAGCCAGCAUGCGUGUCCACUCUGCACGAAACACCACUACAGAGAGAUUGUCAGCGCUUGUGUCCAGGGAAUACAGAGAACCACGUAUGUGUGGCAGCAGCCACUGUGGUGUUAUGGAGGAGAGACCCUACCUCCACUAAAAGUUAAUGCUUGUGUGACUCUGGAUUUCUGGCUCAAGUUUGGUGUUUCCGUGGGAACAAUCGCUGCUGUGCUGCUCAUCAGUAUCAGUUGCUAUUUCUGGAAGAAGACACGCAAGUUACAGUAUAAGUACUCCAAGCUGAUGAUGACCUCAGGGGGUAAAGAGUGUGAGCUCCCCACUGCAGACAGCUGUGCAAUAAUGGAGGGAGAGGAUGCAGAGGAUGAUCUUGUGGACCUCACCAAGAAAUCCUUCUUUACCAAAAUCAGGUCAUUCUCACGAGAGAGAACAUCAGAUGGAUUCGACUCGGUUCCUCUUAAGUCAUCACUGACACGCCAUCGAAGAGAGGAGGAAGACUCUGAUGAUGCUUAAAUCAGAGGAUGAACAGAUCCUUCUACCAAAGCGCAGAUGAAGUGUUGAAUUUUAGGCAUAUAAACAUCAGUGCAGCUUCAACAGAUGAAGAGAAAGUGCUGUUAAUGCAUUUUAUUUGUUACAAAAAGUACAUACUUACUGAGGGAGUUUUGAAACAAUGUAAAGGGUGACACUUAUACAGUGUGUAGUAUUGUCAAAUGUUAGGUUUCCCAACCUAAUAAAAAGUCUCCAUAUUGUAGUCCUAUGUAUUUUCAAGACCCGAGGUGUCUUUCAAAAUGAUCUAAGGCCCAAACUGUGAAAAACAUUCAACUUUUUGUAGAUAAGUGAGACUGUGUACAACUGUUUGUGUGUAUUUUAUUAUCUAUUUUCUCCUUUUAUUUUUUAUUAGACUAGCCAUAUAGUUACGUUUUAUAAGGUUAUUUCAGUAUUCAUUAUAUUUUCUGCAUCUUUUCCUGACUUUUUCUGCUGAACUUAAACCUAUGAUAUAAGUUGGUUUUAUUAUGAAGCAAUCACAUUUGAUGUGCAUCUUCAGGAAUUAAAGACUUUUAAUGCUGGUUUUAGGUGCUCCUUGCUAGAUCAUAUUGCAGAGCAUGAAAAUAAUUACUUCACAUUAUAUUAUAUAAUAAUGCUUUUAUGCAAUUACUUUAUAUCUUAAGAGUCAAGAAUCUUUAUU